UUUUCGGCAACACAGUACAAUACAAUACAAACUUUGUACUAGUUUUCACCAAAUUCAACAUCUUCAAAAAUGUCAACCGAAAACGCAUUCAUAGAAAUCCAAAUCCCCGAACAGAAACUUCUCCCAAACGGACUUCGUUUCCCUGCAGUAGUAUCUCCUUCUUCUUCUUCUCAUACACUCCCUCUAAACGCAACACACACAAUCAAAACCCAAAAACCCUAUCUCCAAUCCCUCCUUAACCAAUCCGGCGCAAUCAUCCUCAAAAACCUCCCACUCCGAACCGCAUCUCACUUCAACGACGUCGUCGAAGCUUUCGGUUACGACGAACUUCCUUACGUCGGCGGUGCAGCACCGCGGACUAAAGUCAUCGGACGUGUUUUCACCGCCAACGAAUCUCCGCCGGAUCAGAAAAUCCCUUUUCAUCAUGAAAUGGCUCAGGUCCCUCAAUUUCCUUCUAAAUUGUUCUUUUUCUGUGAAGUUGAGCCUGCUAGUGGUGGUGAAACUCCGAUUGUUCUUAGUCAUGUUGUUUAUGAUAGGAUGAAGGAACGGUAUCCUGAGUUUGUUGAGAAGCUUGAGAAGGAUGGUUUGUUGUAUGUUAGGGUUUUGGGUGAAGAUGAUAAUCCUAAUUCUCCGAUUGGUAGAGGAUGGAAAUCAACGUUCUUGACUGAUGAUAAGAAAGUUGCUCAACAAAGGGCUGGUGAACUUGGUAUGACAUUGGAGUGGUUGGAAGAUGGAGUGAAAACAGUAAUGGGACCAAUUCCUGCAGUGAAGUAUGAUGAGGUAAGAAAGCGCAAGAUUUGGUUCAAUAGCAUGGUGGCCGCUUAUACUGGUUGGAAAGAUGAAAGAAAUGAUCCUGUUAAGGCUGUGACAUUUGGGGAUGGUAGCCCUUUACCUGCUGAUGUAGUGUAUGAUUGUCUUAAUAUACUUGAGGAGGAAUCUGUUGCAAUUCCUUGGCAUAAAGGGGAUGUUAUGUUGCUUGAUAAUUGGGCUGUUCUUCAUUCUCGAAGACCCUUUGAUCCUCCUCGAAGGGUGUUGGCUUCCCUUGUCAAGUAAAUUACCAAUUCCUUCCUAGCUUGCACAGGAAUAAGGGUUGUUCUAGAUUUCAGCUGCCUAAAAUUCUUAGCUGUAUUGUAUUUGUAGUUUUACAGAAAUAACAAGAUAUAUACCCUAUUUGUUGCGUAGAUAUGUAUAAAAUACCACCAUGCUCAUGCAGUUGGUCCAACCUAAGAGAAAUUGUUAGCUCCUUAGUGACUAUAUGUCUACAAUAUCCAUUAUUUCUUUUUGGAGAUUCUAUACUGUAGAAUUUUAUACCGAACAAGAAAGGCUAUUCCGAACUUUUCUUCUGUAUACAUGAUCAUCUGAAGAUAAUCUAGCAAAGCAUUUGGUUGCAUGAAGUACCUGAAAGGUGAAGUGUAAUUUUUAAUAUAGAACAAAGCAAACAUUUCUGAGUAAAA